AUGUCAACUCAAGCAGCUCUCGGUGGUGCCGCCAUCGAUAAGAAAGAUUACCCCGCGGCCAUCGAAUACUUGACCAAAGCUCUCGCCGAAAGUCCUACUUCUCCGAACUACCUCAUUUCCAGAUCUAUAGCCCACCAACGUGCUAAGAAUUACGAAGCAUCACUCGCAGAUGCAGAGGCUGCCGUCCAUGCAGCUAUCGCUCGUUCUCGUCGCGAACUCAUCGGUACCGCUCACUUUCGUCGCGCAGUCGCUCUCCAUGGUCUAGGCAGAUAUGGAGAUGCAAGAUUAUGUCUGGCUUGGUGCAUGCAGAAAAAUCCAAAAGAAAAGGCUUUGACUAUGUGGCAGGCAAAGGUCAAGAUGGAUUACGAAAAUGCGGGUGGUGAGGAAGCGGAAUGUAAUAAGUGCACUGUGAAGGAAGUUCCUAAUAAGCAGGCUGCUGUCAAGCCGUCAGUAAAAGAUUCUAAGGGCAAAGGUGUAGAGGGUUCUUCAAAAGCUCCACCCGCUGCUCCUGCAGUAACUGCAAAGGAAAAUAUUAGACAAGAGUGGAUUCAAUCAAACUCGAAAGUUACAAUUACCAUUUAUGCAAAAGGUGUCGCGAAAGACACUGCACAGAUUAAUAUCGAAGAGGGACAGGUUGAAGUUUCAUUCCCAAUCGGACAAACUGGCAACACAUACGACUUCACAGCGUCACCACUUUUCGCACAAAUUGAUCCUUCCCAGAGUAAAUUCAACAUUACUCCUUUCAAAAUCGAAAUCGAAUUAUACAAGAUCAAGCAAGGACUUAAGUGGUCUAAAUUAGAAGGAACCGAGCCCAUCACCAGCACAUCCACCGAGGAAAAGAAGUCCGAAAUCCCUGCUGCAGUCCUAAAUCCCUCGGCCGAAAAGGCACCCUCUUACCCAACGUCCUCUCGAAAUGGUCCAAAGGAUUGGGAUGCCCUCGCCUCAUCUGCUCUUCAACCUGAAAAGAAAGAGGGAGCAAAGGAUACAAGCGGAGACAGUGAUGGAGAAGGCGGUGACCCUAUGGACUCUUUCUUCAAGAAACUUUAUAAAGAUGCGGAUCCAGAUACUAAGAGAGCUAUGAUGAAAAGUUUCCAAGAAAGUAAUGGCACUGCUCUGAGUACUAAUUGGUCGGAUGUUAAGAAAGCUCCUGUCAAAACUCAACCUCCGGAGGGCGUUGAGGCCAAGAAGUGGUAG